AGGGUAUUUUCAAUAAAAUACUUACAUAAAUAAUGGCAGAUAAAAAAGCACGCUUAAGUCUUCCCUCACAAUACAAUGUGGGAAAAUCACCCCUUCGUCACACACAAUCGCACAUUGGGAAAAAACCUGCACCGAGAGUACCACCAAUAAAGGAAGAAAGCACGGAUUCAUCAGAAAUAGUUUUAAGACUGACAAAAGAGACAAAACGAAGGGAAAGUUCGGCAAGUACGUCAGAGGUAAAACCAAAAAUUGAUGGAAGUAACUUUGAAAGAAAGUUAAGUAAAACAGAAUUAAAAUCAACAAUCGAGGAACACGAUGACAUAAAGUUAAGUAAAAGCAAAACUGGUAGCAGAUCCAGCCUAAAAGUACAUGCUUAUGACAAUGAAGCUUUAGAAAUGGGCAGUGGUAAUAUUUUUAGUAGAGGACAAAGUGAAAGAUCGUCUAUGAAUCCAAGUAUUAAUACGGUCCAUAAAGAACAAUACUGCUUCUGCAGCAAGUGGUCGACCUGCCAAAGAGCUGCUGCAGUUACAAUUUCAAUCUUAGUCAUAAUAAUAAUUGUUUUAAUUGUUGUUAUAGUUGUAAUGGCGAAUAAUAAACCGGGUGCGUUGGAGUCUUUAAAAAGCUUUAGACUUACUGACUGACAAGAAAAC